AUGAAGAUGCUGACAAAGUUUGAAUCGAAGUCCACUAGGGCAAAAGGGCUGGCUUUCCAUCCGUCUAGACCUUGGGCUCUUGUGGCACUAUUCUCGUCGUCCAUCCAACUGUGGGAUUAUCGCAUGGGUACGUUGCUGCACAAAUUCGAGGACCACGAGGGCCCUGUAAGAGGUAUCGAUUUUCAUCCUACCCAGCCAUUGUUUGUAUCAGCAGGAGAUGACUACACUAUCAAAGUAUGGUCUCUAGACACCAAGAAAUGCCUGUUCACACUCAAUGGACAUCUGGACUACGUAAGAACGGUGUUUUUCCACCGCGAAUUACCAUGGAUCAUUUCAGCCUCCGACGACAAUACUAUUCGUAUCUGGAACUGGCAAAACCGCAAAGAGAUUGCAUGCCUAGCGGGACACAGUCAUUUUGUUAUGUGUGCUGAUUUCCAUCCGACAGAGGACCUGGUGGUUUCGGCGUCGCUGGACGAAACUGUCAGAGUCUGGGAUAUCUCUGGUCUACGCAAAAGGCAUUCUGCCCCCAGCACUUACUCGUUGGAAGAUCAGAUGGCCGCACAGCAGAACCUAAUCGAGGGAGGUUUUGGAGACUGCGUGGUGAAAUUCAUCCUGGAAGGUCACUCCAGAGGGGUCAAUUGGGCUAGCUUCCACCCAACUCUCCCAUUGAUUGUGUCAGGUGGGGAUGAUCGCCAGGUUAAGCUAUGGAGAAUGAGCUCUACAAAGGCAUGGGAGGUUGAUACUUGUAGGGGCCACACAAAUAAUGUCGAUAGUGUCAUAUUUCACCCUCAUCAAAAUCUAAUUAUAUCUGUGGGCGAAGAUAAGACCAUUCGUGUUUGGGACCUCGACAAGAGAACACCUGUAAAGCAGUUCAAGAGAGAAAACGAUCGGUUCUGGCUUGUUAGAGCUCAUCCUAAUAUCAACCUUUUUGGCGCCGCUCAUGAUUCGGGUAUUAUGGUAUUCAAGUUGGAUCGUGAACGGCCAUGUAGUGUACUCAAUCAAAAUCAAUUACUAUUUGUCAACAAGGAAAAGCAAGUCCAGACUUUUGACUACCAUAAGAAAAUCGCGUCUUUGCCAUACGUGUCCUUAAAGAAAAUUGGCCAUACUUGGAAUGCCUUUAGAAGUAUAUCCUAUAACCCCUCCCAACAUUCUAUUCUGGUCAACUGCUCAGACAAUCAAAGCGACAAAUUUGCUUUAUGCACUCUACCUAAACAGCCUACAGGUGCCAUUGAGCCCACCAAUAUUCUAGAGGACUCUGGUUCUUUUGCCACGUUCGUCGCUCGUAACAGGUUUGUGGUUUACAACAGUUCUAGCUCGGCGCUUGAAGUGCGCGGCUUGGACAACAAGGUCACGAAGUCUAUCAAGAUUACAGGUGAAGGUUCUGUAAGGAACGUCGUAUAUGGUGGGCCUGGAUCAGUGCUGAUUUUGAAAUCGAAGUCAGUUGUCCUAUUUGAUGUUCAACAGGGCAAGACACUGGCAGAUGUCUCUCUCAAAAAUGUGAAGUACGUAACCUGGUCCGUGGACGGUCAAUACAUUGCUCUUAUGAGUAAGCACACCAUCACAAUCGUUACGAAGAACCUUGAAAUCAUCACUUCAAUGCAUGAAACAAUUCGGGUCAAAAGCGCAUCGUGGGACGAGAGUGGAGUGUUGAUUUACUCGACAUUAAACCACAUCAAGUACACUCUUCUCAAUGGAGACAAUGGGAUUAUCAAAACUCUGGAAAAGACUCUUUACAUCAACAAAGUCCAGGGAAAAUUUGUUUAUGCUCUUAAUCGCGAAGGAGAGAUAGAAAUUGUAACUAUUGAUCCCACCGAGUACAGAUUCAAGAAGGCAUUGGUCAAUCGUAAUUUCCCUGAAGUAUUGCGUCUCAUUCAGAACUCUAAUUUGGUUGGACAAAAUAUUAUAUCUUAUUUACAGAAGGCAGGAUUCCCGGACAUUGCUCUUCAAUUUGUUCAGGAGCCACAAACGAGAUUUGAUCUUGCCCUCGAGCACGGAGACCUCACUGUUGCUUUGGAAGAGGCUCAAAAACUUGAUACUGAUGCCGCCUGGGAACAGCUAGGUAAAGCUGCUUUACAACAAGGUAAUUUCCAACUGGUAGAGGUUGUGUACCAAACACAAAAGAGCUUCGACAAACUCUCAUUUCUUUACUUGGUCACUGGUGAUCUGUCGAAGCUGUCUAAAAUGGAAGCAAUUGCCGAACAUAGAGGUGAUCUUUCAAGCUUGAUUCUCAACACUUUUUACAGUAACUCUGCUGACAAGAGACGAGCGGUCUUUGCUGAUGCAGGAUCUUUGCCACUAGCCUAUGCAAUUGCUAAGUCCAAUAAGGAUGACAUAGCGGCUUCUCAAAUUUUAGAGAAGGCUGGAAUUGAUGAACAAGAUAUCGCCCUUCCCGAUUACAUUUCCUCUUCAGCGCAUUAUAAAGCCCCGAUGAUUGCAGAUCCGAUCUUGCAAUGGCCGUUGGAAGCUGCAGAACCCUCUUUCUUCGAAAAGGCUUUGGCCGGCGGAAUUGAAAACUUGAGUGUGGACGAAAAGUCCCAAGAUCGGGAAUUAGAUGUGGGUUCAGCCUCAAUGGCCGAAGAAGAAGCUACAUUUUCGGAUGAAGAACAAGUCGUUGAUGAUGGUGGCUGGGACAUGGGCGAGGAAGACUUGGGCUUGGAAGAAGAAGAAUUCGUAGAGCCAGAAUCUGUACCCGGUGAGGGGGUUAACGCUAAAUCUGGGACGGAGGAGAGCGAACUCACCCAGUGGUCUAAGAACUCUAAACUCCCAUACGUUCUCAUUGCUUGUGGCGCUUUCGAAGCUGCCGCUCAAGCAUUGAACAAACAAGCCGGUGUGGUUAACUUCGAACCUUUGAGACCUCGUUUCCAUGAAAUUUUCGAAAGUUGCAGAACUUACAUGGCGGCCACCCCAAUCGAACUGCCUAGCAUUAUCGGGUUAAUUCGUGCGAGUGCUGACGAGGAAGAGCGUGGAAAACUUUUACCAUUCGUUGCUGGCAUCGAUGUGGUGACAGGCAAGAUGAACGAAGGUUUCAAAUUGUUCAAGGCAAACAAGCUCGAACUUGCCAUUGAGGUUUUCCGUGACGUUAUAUACACAAUUACACUCUUAGCGGUGAGUAACGAGGAGGACGAGGCUCUCGCGCGAAAGACCUUAACGAAAGCCCGUGAGUACAUCCUUGGUAUCUCUAUUGAGCUAGCCAGGCGUGCGUUACAAGUCGAAGAUGUGAAACGAAACCUGGAGCUAGCGUCUUACUUUACAACCGCAAAACUGCUUCCUCCACAUAGAAGCACGGCCUUGCAAGUCGCUAUGUCACAAUCAUUCAAGCAUAAAAAUUUUAUUCAAGCUUCCUACUUUGCCGGAGAGUUCCUCAAAAUCGUAACCACGGGCCCACGCUUUGACCAGGCACAUAAAAUAAAAGACAGGGCUGACCUAAUGGCACAUGAUGCUAUUGAGGUUGAUUUCGAUCCUUAUGCGGAAUUUACUAUUUGUGCCUCGACGUUCACGCCAAUUUACAAAGACACUCCUGCGGUAACCGAUCCCUUGACUGGAACCAAGUAUCACGUAUCGCAAAAAGGUAGAACUGACACUAUUGCAGGUUUGUCCAAGAUUGGUGCUCCAGCUUCGGGCCUUAGAAUUUUACUUUGA